AUGUCCUAUUGUAGCAUCUGCGAAACAGAAUGCACCGAUAUCACAAGGCAUUUGUUCUCCUAUCACGCCCGGUCCCAGGCUGUUGACUCCGGCAUCGCGACCAGUGCGGGUCCGUCGUCAAAUGAGCCCGAGCCUAGUGCACCCGACGAUGACCAGGCAUUUUGCUUUCAAUGUAGUCGCAAUUUCCACACGGUAGCGGCCCUGACAGCGCACCUAGGAGAUGCACAGGUCCAUGAUCGAAAUACCGGAUACACAGCACACAUGUCCUUGGGUAUGCCAGGUUACCCACCCCACGCCCAUAAUGCCACAGGAUCCUAUAGCUUGUACCCAAGAAGCCCGAGGCCAUCGUCGGAUUUAGGCUAUGAUUAUGGAGAUUUGGGCUCGGGAGAUGCUGGUUCAUCACCGCAAACAUCCAGCUCACUCUUGGGCGGCUCGAGCACCCUAUCGGAUUCGCCGAUCAAUGAGCCUGGCAGGGAGUACACUCCGGAGGACGAUCAAAUGCUAUCACAUGAUUCUUCGGACUUUUCCGACGAACUUGCCUCUGAAAAUGAUGAAGCUGGUAAUAUGCCCAUAGAUACAGAGCACCAGGAUUCGCAUAAUCACCUGGAUUCAACUCCCGCGUUGGCUCCUGACCACACUCAACAUUUCCGCUCCCCUGAUUCCGUUGCCGGAGGUGCUCAGCCUCCAAGUCUGCCAUACGCUCCUGGAGCAUAUGCAUUUAUUCCCCCUCAUCCAAAUAUACCCCUUCCGGGGAUGAAUGCUUAUGUUCAGGAGGGGAUGAGUAUGUCAUAUCCAUACCCGAAAAGUGUACUGACCGCAGGAACGUCGUAUUGUCACAGGUCUGGUGCGACGCAUCGCCCUGAGGUGUAUCGUGCAGAGCUCAAAAAUCUGGUGACGUUUGGAGACUCAUAUACUGACAAUACGAUGAACGGUGAUGCUGGGUAUCGAUGGCCUGACCAUGUCGCAUUCAUGUCCAACGGGACCGUCAACGUUUACGAUUUCGCACACUCUGGAGCAACGUGCUCGGGAAAACUUACACCACGCAUUUUCAAACCGGUCCUCGAGGCUCAGGUCCCGGAGUAUUUUGCGAAUGUGACAGUCAAGGCUACCCCAGGCAAACCUCGGGAGAACACGACAUACAUUAUUGGUAAGAAUGGAACUUAUGUUCCUCUGGCGAGCAAGGAUACCAUGUACUCGAUCUGGAUUGGUACCAAUGAUGUUGGCGUUGGCACACUGCUCACCGAUCCACUCCCGGAUGUUUCGAUUGUCAAUACUACCGAAUGCGUGUUUGACUGGGUCGAAGAGUUAUACAACAAGGGAGCAAGGAACUUUUUGAUUCAAAACAUGACUCCGAUGUGGCUGCUUCCCAUGUAUGCCCCGGAUGGAUACGACACCAAAUACUGGAAUUGGCCGCAUAACCAAACCGAAUGGAGUAUCUUUAUCGCCGAGUUGGUUCGCGCGGGUAACGAACUUCAGGCAUUGCGCACCAAAUAUAUCGCACCCGGCCGAUUCCCUGGCGCGCGGUUUGGUAUAUUCGACUCUCACCGGUUAUUCAAGGACAUGUACUACAAUCCCCAAGACUAUCUUGUCGGACCGACUUACAACGUUGCUGGGGUGAUACAAGCUUGCAAAUAUCCUUAUGGGAAUAAUACACUAGUCUGUGAAACUGAGCCUCCAGCUGUUCGGGACUCUUAUCUGUGGUGA